AAUCAUGAGAAUAGAGUACACUGGUAGAGGUAGAAGUACUCACGCAAGUCUUUGGCUUAACAGGAAAAGAAGUACAGACUCUGAAAUGCAUUUCAGUAAGAAAGUCAAAAUCUAUUUUUGAGCAGCAGUACAUACAAUAGGUAUUUUGAUAAAUACUCGAGUACUGCGCUGAAGAAUUUGUACUUGAGCUUCCUCAGCCUCUACCCCACUCCAAGGUUCAGCUCAGUCAACGCUCAACCUCUGUCGCGGACGGUCCACUCGGCCUCGCUCAUCAGAUCAGCAAGAAAACAUCAUCGCCAAAGAUGGGAGACUGGGGUUUCUUGUCAAGCCUAUUGGACAAAGUGCAGUCGCACUCGACCGUCAUCGGAAAGAUCUGGAUGACGGUUCUGUUCCUGUUCCGCAUCAUGGUCCUGGGCGCCGGCGCAGAGAGCGUAUGGGGUGACGAGCAGUCCGACUUCAUCUGCAACACGCAGCAGCCCGGUUGCGAGAACGUCUGCUACGACUGGGUCUUCCCCAUCUCGCACAUCCGCUUCUGGGUGCUUCAGAUCAUCUUUGUGUCGACGCCCACGCUGGUCUACCUGGGCCACGCCAUGCACAUCAUCCACCAGGAGAACAAGCUGCGCGAGAAGCUGGCCAGCCCCGGCGGGACUGUCCGCCUCAAGUCGCCCAAGUACACUGACGACAAGGGCAACGUGACCAUCAAGGGGAACCUCCUGGGGAGCUACUUGACCCAGCUGGUUUUCAAGAUCAUCAUCGAGGCCGCCUUCAUCGUCGGUCAGUACUACUUGUACGGCUUCAUCAUGGUACCCAUGUUCCCGUGCUCCAAGAAGCCGUGCCCGUUCACCGUCGAGUGCUACAUGUCGCGGCCCACCGAGAAGACCAUCUUCAUCAUCUUCAUGCUGGUCGUGGGUUGCGUGUCCCUGCUGCUCAACGUAAUCGAGGUCUUCUACCUGCUGUGCAAGCGAUGCAAGGCCAAGUCCAGGCGGAGGUUUCCCAUCAACACCGUCGGGGGCCCACUCGGGCUUUCCGAGCCCAGGUGGCCCACGGUGGACGAUGCCUUGAAGCAAAAUAAGAAGAACCUGGACAUUGAGAUGGAGGCCAACCAGAGUCUGGGGGGCAGCCUGGAUGGAGCCAAGGAGGAGAAGCAACUGUUGGGCGUCCACUAGCGAUUAUAUAUUUCUUUUGCUUUCAAAAUGUAAAAAUCAAGUGCAGCAAGGUUGUUGUAUUUAGAUUCAUUCUCUGCUUUUCGGUUUUUGACUAAAUUAUUUCAAAACAGAAUAAAUAACCAUAAUGAGGGCGGGCACAAAAAUCGAGUGCCAAAUCCUUGACUGUGUGCUUUUCGAUGCUGUUAUUAAGUUAUUGUUUGGUGCAUGAAAAUAUCUGAAAUAAUAAUGAUCAUGUUGAUGAUAUUGGAUAUCACUUGUUUUGUAUAUGCCCCUGUAUGUUUUUAGGAAAAUGAUUAAAGUUUGAUAUAAAAACG